CGGCGAAGGAGGUGACACAAUGAGUUCCUUCCCAGGGAAAAUGCGUGAAUACGACAAAAUCUCCCUUGAUAGGUUUGACAAUUACAAGGGAAGUUACAACUUGAAGUCGACAGUGUAUUUUCUGUCACAUUUUCACAAAGAUCACACUGUUGGUCUUAGCUCUGACAGUUUUUUUGAGAGGAUGAAGAUGAGCAGAAAAGUGUUUAUUUACUGUACAGAAGUAACAAAAAUCCUGAUGCUAGCAGAUGACCACUAUAAGCACUUGGAGAAAUAUGUGAAGACGUUAGAAGUGGACGUUCCAACGCGCAUAGUAAUCCCAGAUGAAUAUACAGAUAAGGAUGAAUACAUAACUGUAACCUUGAUACCAGCAGGACACUGCCCAGGCUCAGUGAUGUUUCUCAUUGAGGGUACUGAGGGAACAGUUCUGUAUACUGGGGAUUUCAGGUGGGAAGGAAAUGAAGUUACUCGAGUGCCUUGGUUUAGAUCAGGUGACAGUAUAAAAGACAUCAGAAGUCUGUAUGUAGACACCACUUUUUGCAUUCCUGAAGCAUUCUAUAUUCCGAGCCGUGCUGACUGUGUGGAAGCCUUAUAUGAAUUAGUGAAGAACUGGAUUGGAGAAAGCCCCAAUAACUGUGUGAACAUUUCAUCAAAGACAAAAUAUGGCCAUGAGCACUUACUGAAAGGUGUGGCUGAUAAGCUGGACAAAAAGAUUCAUGUGUUAGCUGACAAGCACCAGCUCUAUGAGCAGAUUCCAGAACUACAGAAUGUGUUUACUUCAGAUCCCAGUGCCACACCCAUCCAUGCCUGCUGUUGGGAGCCAGAUCGAGACACAAGAUCUCGGUUGCCAUGUGGGUUUGUACCAGCCAAUGACACUGAUGUCAAGGUCAUGGUGGUUCGACCGUCCACAAUGUGGUUCACGCAAGGAGUGCAAAUAAAGGACAUUUAUGUGAAGACUCACUAUAUUCACAGAGUUUGUUAUUCGUUUCACUCCUCCUUCAGUGAAGUCCGGGAUUUUGUUACCUUUUUGAAACCCAGGAGAGUUUACCCAAAUGUUGUACCACCGAACCAAACAGUGGAGCAGAUACAGGCUAGACUAAACCAGUUCCUGUCCUUAAUACACAAAGACCGUGCGAGUGGGGAUGAUCAAGUACAAACAAAACCUCUCGGAAUACUUAGGAAAGUCAAAUCCACGAAGCAAUACAGUGGAUCAUUAACGGAUUCAGAAGAGCUGUGUUUUGAUGACGAGAAGACUCCCAAAAAGCGAAGUAGGAGAGCAUCAGCAGAGUCCAUUCAGUCAAACAAGGAUUCAAGUGAAAAAUUUCAGCUUUAUUAUUCUCAGUUUCUCCGUGACAGAACACCAGACGGAAGUCAGGAGAAGGCUUUGGCAGUAGUUAUCUCCCCUUGCAAGUCUAGCAAUGAGAGUGCAUCUUCAUACUCUCCAAGUUGCCAUAGUGACAGUGAAAUGGAUUUGACAGGCAGUGGUAAUGUGGCCAAUGUUACCAUGAUGAAGCCAGCUGUUCCGGACACAGGUGGCAGCUAUAUGUCUUACAUGAGCGAUGAUGAUGACGACGACUGUGAUAAUGCAAAUGUGGAAUCUCUUUCAUCAGCAGAAUGUGAGAAAAAUAAUUGUAACGAUGUAUUGGAUCCCAGUGCUUUGACAGUUGGACAUAAUGCAACACUUGCCAUCUCAGUCACUGAACACGAUAGACUGCAAAACAAUAAAUUUGUCAUAGGAAACAGUAGUUCUUGUGAACGUGCCUCACUGAGUAUUUUAGAUGUGUCUGAUGCUGACAGCGAUAUAACAGUCUCACCUGAAAACGUUGCUCUGAGGGAUCAGCGGGAUGACUUAAUGCUGGACAGCAGUCCUGAUGAAGUUGAAAUAACUUACUGUUCUGUACGUUCCAGUGGUAAAAAAUUGAAUGAAAAUAGUACAAAUUCUUGUCUAGUAAAAGACUUUCAAAGUACAUCACCCUUGAAAAGUGAGCUGCAAAAUAGACACAAUUUGGACUUAAAUUUAAAGAAGGAUAGUGGUGCCUUGAAGUCUUGUAAGAGGCCAGGGUGCUCUAACGGAACGGCAGACUCACCAGCAAAAAUUCCUAAAUUGUCCCCAUCCAUUUCUCCUAGUCCCCGUGGUGUGAUCCACUCUCCUCUGCGUCGUAGGCCACCUGUGGCACAGAAAGUCAUUCUGGUGGACCUGACUGCAGAUAGUGACAGCGAUGACAAUGCUUGUGUCAUUUGGCCAACCAGUGACUCCAGUGUAAACCAGUGAGUGAUUGGUUUAGGGGACUGUGUGAUUCUAUAGUCAGCCAAGAGUGGGCCAAGGUAGCAUAGUUUAGGGGAAGUGAAAGGCCACAACCUUUUUUUGUAAAAUAUUGACAUAUUUUAGGAAAGAUUUUUAUAGUAUAUGCAUAUUUGAAUUUUAAAAAUUUGCAUUUGUAUGUACGUGUAUAUACUCAAUAUAAAGUACACAGUUCUCUAAAAUAUUAAAUUAUAAAUGGUUAGUAUAUAUAUAUGUGUAUGCUUUAAACUGUUUGCCAUGUGAAGAUGAAAGUUUCAGUUAAAAUGCACAUAUCAGCAUUUUUCAUGCUGUAUAUUAUUUUAUAUUUGAAAUGAUUUGUUUUCUUUUUUGUUGUUUGUUUGUUCGAAGGGUUUGUAGAGAAUUUUAUUUCACAAAUUUUAUAGAUUGUCGUAUAUGUAUUGUGGGGGCCUAUGUGGCCGAGAGGGGUAGCACGCCAGUGCAGCACCAUGACCCAGGAGCCUCCCUCCAAUGCAGAUGCUGUGAGUUCAAGUCCUGUUCAUGCUGGCUUUCAUGUUUUUUUUUUUUUGUUUUUUUUCUGAAAUUCUCUCUGGGCUCCGCCCGGUUUCCUCCCACCAUAAUGCUGGUUGCCAUAGUAUAAGUGAAAUAUUCUUGAGUACAGUUUAAAACACCAAUCAAAUAAAUAAAUAAAUAUAUGUAUUGUUUUCAUUUUGCAAUUAAAUAAUUUUUUUGUGCUGUGCAUAAAUACAUUUUUAAUAGUGUCCAUCAAAUUUGUAUUGUCAUUUAAACAUUUAGAUUGCAAUAUAAAAAAUUCUUCACCUAUCAUGUUCAGCACAGGUACUCAACACUGACAUAGGAAUCAAUGAAUGAAAGUAUCUGAAAAGGAUUUCAAAUUCUUAUAAACUGGCUUUU